AUGGGCAAGCUGAAAGCGUUCGACAUCGUGCUGGACGGAUACCGCAGCGUCUACCAUCCCGGACAGGCGAAGCGGUGCGCGUGUUCAUGCGCGGACUGGCCAAGGUGCACUGGACGGAGUCGCGCAGCACGGGCAACCGGCUGGGCGCUUACACGGAGCACUACAACGCCGAGAUGGAGUACUUCUUCCAGGGGACAGACACUUUUCGGCUCCGAGUCGGGAGACGGCAGGGACGUACUUAACGAGGGCCACCACGAAUUCAACUUCACUUUCCUUCUCCCAUCAACCGGUGUGACCACCUCGUUCGAAGGCAAGUACGGCAGCAUCCGCUACUGGCUCAAGGCGGAGGUGGAGAAGCCAUGGUCCUUUAACCACAAGACCAAGAAAGCCUUCACAGUCAUCAGUCCCAUCGACAUCAACCGCAAUGAAUAUCUGACUGCAGUGGAAAGCAGUGUGGAGAAGACACUAUGCUGCUGGUGCUGCACUUCAGGGCCCAUCUCACUGUAUGCCAGGACAGACCGCAAAGGAUACUGCCCAGGUGAAUCUAUCGCCAUCACGGCCGACUUCGAGAACCUGUCGGGCCGCACGGUGGUUCCCCACGCAACGUUGCACCAGACGCAGACUUUCCUGGCCGGCGGAAAGUCGCGCUCACGCCACUGCAAGUUCACCACAGUCACCGGUGUGGCCCUGCAACCAGGCCGCUCGGCCAACUGGGACGCCCAGCUGCUAAAGAUUCCUGCAGUGUCACCCUCCAUCACCAAUUGCUGCCUCAUUCACGUGGAGUACACUGUACGGAUCACCUUGCAGAUUCCUGGAGCUUACAAUCUGUUUGUGGACCUUCCUAUUGUGAUUGGAACAGUGCCGUUGAGGUCUCGACCUCCACACUACCGCACGCUGGGUCUGCCCAGCCAGCCACAGAUUCAUUUCUACCCAGCUGCUCCUCCAUACUCGGAAGCCGACACCGAUGAUGCUCUGCCCGCUGAACCUCCACCUACUUAUGCCGAAUGCAUAGAAGGCUCAGUAGACAUUGGCGACGACGAAGAUGGAGAGAUGCAUGGAGACACACGGUUCACGCCGAUGUAUGCCUAUGUACACGACUACUUGUACCACCCACCUCCGGCGUACUCUGAGGUCGACCCUCACCCAUCUCGACAAACAGAAGGAGCAUCCUGUGGUUCCCAUUGAGGCUCUGUACAGCAAAACAUGCUUCCAAUGCGGACUGCCUGGGACACUCUAGUGAAGUGCCAUGCUUUAAUAACCAAGGUGCAGCAACGAGUCGGAAAACAGUGGAGAGCAUAGUGCCUGAAUUAAUCAGCGUCACAUACGUAUACAUAUUAUGGCUUCGCAUCCCCAUCGGUCGUCAUCAUCUUUUUGCUUCUGCUCUCCCAGCUCGUGGGCCUUCGCUGUGAGCGUAGCAUCAAUGGAAUUGGAGAUGGACAUAGCCAAAGAUGCACCACAGUGAGGCACCACACUUCUGCGGCACUGCCAGUGUUUCCAAGUGCCGAUGUGCCAAGUCGGACAUGAAGUGCGACAGCGAAUCCUUGGGCUUAGACCCAAAGGAUGACAACCACAUUUAGUUCGGGGCCUGUCACUUAUAGCAUGACUUCUAACAUUUUGUAGAAAGUCUGCUGUGCUCUGACUGUGCCAACAGGGUGCUUGCAGUGAAAGUAGGGCAGCUUACGAAAAAUAGAUGUCAACCUUAUUUCAAAACCAAAGCCAAGGUUACUGCACAGUCGGUGAACAUGCUUUCGUUAGACAAGGCUGCUGCUCGCGGGACAGAAAUUCUAUAAGCGCUGUGCUAUAAAGCUUGCACCUUUUGCAAUAAAAAAAACAGGUGCUUGAGUGUCUGCACUAUGCUGAUAUAUAAAUAACCUGCGUUUUUCUUGCUAAGCCUGUUGACUUGUGUAUAGCGAUAAACGAAAUCCACUUCUGCAAAAAGAUUUUGGUACAGCGUAAACUUCACCUUGAGUAUACUUGGAU